AUGGAACUGUUCUUAACUAAACAACCAAAGCCUGUGACCUCUGUAUCUGUGCCGGUAGAGCCACUCAUUGGUCGCAGCGUCCAGGAUCCUACGAAUUAUCUGAACGAUGUGCUUUCAUACCUCUAUGGUCCUGAAAUCGUGCAAAACAUCAAGGCUGAAAUGCAGCAGAUACAAUUCUGUGAUGAGUUUCCGCUUGACGACUAUCGGCUUAUGGAAGUGACGAAGGAAGUAGCGGAGAGUGUAGCUGUUGGAGAGAAGUUAGUUUUUCGUGGUCGUGAUGAGGAUGCUGUCGUACUUUGCACUGAGUCCGAGACAUAUUCAGUGAAAGAGUUAGAAACAUCUAAUACUUUGUUGGUUCUUCCGACAUUGAGAACUACUAUCGAUAUUAUUGAUACGGAUACGAAGCUUCUCAGAAGAGCUCCGAUUACCCUACUUUGUCACAAAUAUUUGGAGUCGAGAAGAAUGUCACUUGUUUCUGCUGCUCUGCUCCGUCAAAUGUUACAGAUGAGGGAGCUUCCGUGGGAUUGGCCAAGAUCGAAUGCUAAUGAGACCAAUACGUACACUUUGAAAGAAAUUCAAAGCUUUAUGCAGAUGAGCGACAAAGAACUGUCUUGUGUACUGGAAAAAAUACCCGUUGUAGAACAUUAUGGGAAAAUUCGUUGGCUUUCCUACGACAUUCAAGACAGACUUCUUGAUUUAAUCGUUGAAGCAUUCGACAAUGUUGAGAUGACGUCUGUCAGUCUAACUCGUCUCACACCUCAAGCUCUCCGCUCUUUUCUUCCUGAAAAUGUUACGGAUGCAGUUAUUGAUUGGUUUCUUCGUACAAUGUGCAAGAAAACCGAAAAUGGAGAUUAUAACGUUGAUCCAGAUACACUCUCAUGCGCAAGGGCUGCACAGCUUCUUCGGUCUGCUCCAAGGUUUGAAAUCCAUGACUUUUACAAACGUGCGGAUGCAUUAAUGCCAUUCGGUAUUACUUUGAAUCCUUUAGCCAUUUCUGGUAUAUCUGUAAAAUAUGGGAACGCUAGUGCGAACUACAUAUCGUACUUGAGUAUCGAUGAGUUACCUGACGAUCCGCGGGACCGAUUAAGAGUAAUGUUCUCUAAACAAAACCAAUGGAAGCUCGGAGAAAUGAUGGCAUUCUUCUCGGAUAUCUAUGGGAAUUCACGAGAUCUCGCUCUUCUGUUGAUGGAUAUGUGCAACAGCAUUGAGCUAAAAGAUGGUACAACAGUGUAUUGUUCCGUUCGACCUAUUUGA